AUGUCCACACUGACCCAGCGCCUGCGGAAGGUAGCGAAAGCCCUACCACCAAUCAACAGCAGUGGCUUUGCCGAGUACUUUGACUGGCUGGGCGAAUACAACGUUGUCUUAUUGGGUGAUGCAAGUCACGGUACAUCCGAGUUCUACGCAGCUCGUGCCGAAAUUACCAAACGUCUCGUCAAAGACCAUGGAUUCAAGCUGGUGGCCCUGGAAGCAGAUUGGCCUGACGUUGAGGCGAUUGAUCAUUAUGUUCGUCGCUGGCCACAACAUCCGGGCAGAUCCGAACCCAGGGAGACCCCAUUCAAACGCUUCCCGACAUGGAUGUGGCGAAAUAGCGAAAUGCAGGACUUGAUUCAUUGGCUGCGUGACUACAACGAGGGCCUGCCGGCUGCCGAGAAGGCUGGGGUAUAUGGCCUCGACCUGUAUUCUAUGGGAUCGUCGAUGAACGCGGUGAUUCAGUAUCUGCAGAACAUCGAUCCGGCGAUGGCUGAAGAGGCCAAAGCAAGAUACGGCAGACUACAACGCUGGGUUGACAAGGAACACCAGUAUGGACUAAAGAUGAGCAGAUCUGCUCUCGAAUCUUGCGAGGAGGACGUCAUCAAGAUGCUGGUCGAGCUUCUACAAAAGAGGCUGGAGUACUCGGCCAAGAUCCAUGACGGCGAACGCUUCCACAGCGCCGAACAGAAUGCAAUCGUGGUGGUGGAUGCGGAAGAAUAUUAUCGAAAGAUGUAUUACAGCGACGAAAGCGCCUGGAACUUGAGAGAUUUGCACAUGUUCGGGACGCUGAAGCGACUGCUUGAUUUUAGACAAUCCAAGGCAGUGGUCUGGGCACACAAUAGUCAUCUUGGAGACGCACGACACACCGGGAUGGGCAUGGAUCGAGAGGAAAUCAACCUCGGCCAGCUCUGCAGAGAGCACUUGACAAACGUGGCCAUCUUGGGCUGCGGUACACACGACGGCACAGUGGCAGCCGCGCAUGAGUGGGAUGGCGACAUGGAAGUCAUGAAAGUCAAUCCCUCUCGUGAGGACAGUUGGGAGAGAGUUGCCCACAGCAUCGGCGCCCCACGGUUUCUAAUCGACAUGCGAGAUGGGCAUUGCGAUGAACAGACCCGACGCGGGCUCGCCGCGAACAGGCUUGAGCGUUUCAUUGGUGUCAUAUACCGACCUCAGACCGAGCUCUGGAGUCAUUACAGCCGUGCGAAACUUUCGAAACAGUUUGAUGCAUAUCUGUUCUUUGAUACCACCCAUGCUGUAGGUGCACUGGAGCAGACGCAACCACGGACGCCCUUGACUGAGGCGGAAACUUAUCCAUUUGGUUUGUGA